CCUGUAACUGAUUUUGCGCGCGGCACCCCUGCAUCCCCUGUUCACCCCCUGCUUAUCCCACGAUUAAUCCCAUCGAUGAAUCCACUACACCCACUGCACCCACUGCACCCACUGCACCCACUGCUGCAGCAAAAGAAAGCAAGCAACGACAUAGUGUAUCUAGCGUAGGUACAUAGAGGUAGAGACCUAAUCAAUCGUCGAAUUUUUAGUGCACGUUCCUGGCCUAAAUAAUAAACAAGUGCUACCCCAAAUUGUCAUUCCACCCCCUAAUUCUGAUCGCCGUCCCCCGUCUACGUUCGAGAAUAGAGUCUGUGAACUCGACGACCACGCGCGACAAGAAAAAUGUCCUGGGCGCAUUAGCGGCGGCAUCGUGAAAUACAUGCGAAUACAUACGAAUAUACGCGACUACAUGCGACGCAUGACGUUCCUAUACCAUCGACAAGUCUUGAUAACCUUUCUAGGUUGAAGGGUUUCAACCCAUAGUCAGAAGACACUUUUGGGUGCUUGGGCUUUUAUAUUCGAUAUUCGACUACCUUGAUUGACUUUCUUACAAUCGCCUCAUUCGUUCUCAACCUUCCACCAACCCGAAUCGAUCAUCUCUUCGAUAUUUCGCGCAGUAAUAUCGCACAUUUUCACUGGCUUGGCCCUCGUAUAGCGCUAUGGUAAAGCCGGCACAAAGAAGCAAUAGCCGCUUAAGUAUGAACAGCAGAGUAGGGGGGAGUAGGGCUUCGGAUGAAGAUGGGGGUCGCACUGCUGUAAAAGUUGCCGUUCGUGUGCGGCCACCGCUAAAACCUACGGAUCCCGGCUACGAACUGAUUCCCCAGCGAUUUCAACGGUCUAUGGUGCAGACCACCUCGAAUACGGGCAUUGCCAUCGAUUCGCCGCAAGGAAAAAAGCUCUUCGUCUUCGACCGAGUCUUUAGCUCUGAUAUUGACCAAGAAGGGGUCUGGGAAUACCUACAAGACAGUAUUAACGCCUUUAUCCAGGGUUACAAUGUCUCUCUACUCGCAUAUGGCCAAUCCGGUGCGGGAAAGUCCUACACGAUGGGAACAUCUGGACCUAAUGAACAAGGCGACUUGGAGUCCAUGGGCGUAAUCCCGCGAGCUGCGAUGGCUCUAUUCGAGAAGUUGGAGGGCCCCUCGCGAAGUUCUAAUCGUAGUUCCAUGUCCCAAUUGCGAACGCCGGCGCGAUAUUCGUUGCAAACGCCAACGCCAAAGAGCGAAAAGAAUUGGCAAUUGAAAGCAACGUACGUAGAGAUUUACAAUGAGCAGCUUCGCGACUUGCUUGUGCCAGACCAUUUUCAUCAAUAUGAGCGAAGUAACGUCACAAUUCGUGAAGAUCAGAAGGGUAACAUCAUCCUUACUGGCCUGCAACAGAUUGACAUUAACUCGGUGGACGAUCUUAUGAAUGCUUUAAACUUUGGUUCAACCAUUCGACAGACUGAUGCGACAGCUAUCAACGCUAAAUCUUCGCGUUCGCACGCCGUCUUCAGUUUGAAUCUAGUGCAGCGCAAGAGCAAAUCACAGAGCGCCCAAGGGACUAACAAGAGGUUUUCAGUUCCGCUAGAAGCCAUGACCGGAACUGAGACUUGGGUUACAACUGAUAGCAAACUUCACUUCGUUGAUUUGGCUGGUAGUGAACGUCUAAAGAAUACUGGCGCUCAGGGCGAGCGGGCCAAGGAAGGUAUCUCUAUUAAUGCUGGCCUUGCAGCUUUGGGCAAGGUUAUAUCACAGCUGUCAUCUCGACAGGCCGGGUCUCACGUCUCGUAUCGUGAUUCGAGAUUAACUAGACUCCUCCAGGAUUCCCUCGGCGGGAAUGCCAUCACUUACAUGAUCGCCUGUGUGACUCCGGCAGAGUUUCACCUAAGCGAAACUCUUAACACCGUACAGUACGCGCAAAGAGCCCGAGCUAUUCAGAGCAAACCUAGGAUCCAACAGGUAGAGGAGGGGGACAAACAAGCAAUUAUUGAACGCCUAAAAGCCGAAGUUGCUUUCUUACGCGAUCAGAUCCGAAACGCGGAACGCAUUGGGGGCGAGCGUCGCAAUGUUGCGACAAAUGAGAAGUCCGAGCGGCAAAAUGAACGGGAGUCAGAGUUACAAGAUCAGCUCUUAGACGUUCAGGAAAGUUACAACAGCCUCAGCCAGCGUCAUGCUAAGCUCAUUGCCGAAAUGGCUAAAGCCCGAGAUAACGAAGCUGCCGAGAACCAAGAUUUCGACGAGCAACUCGGUGAUACAGCAACAGAAAGGUUAAAUCGGUCUAAUUCGUUUGCCCAAGCUGUCGAACAGGUUGUGUUGGAAUACGAGAAAACAAUACAAUCGCUCGAGCAGUUACUCACCAGCACGCGGGCCACACUCUCAAGCACGGAAACGAGCCUUCUCGAGAAAGAAACGAAGUGUGCUUACGUUGAAACAAUCAACACUCAGCUGCAAAAACGUUUACAAAAACUGAUGGAUCGUGAGGCUAGUACAGAGAGCUACCUUCACGACUUAGAAGCUAAGCUUGACGGUCACACAUCUGGCGAAGAAAAGAAUGCUACCAUCGUCCUGGAAUUACGCAAAGAGAUCGCACGAAUCCGAGACAAUGAAGCCUCUUGCGAGGAGUAUAUUUCAACCUUGGAGGAGAGACUUGCCGAGUCUGAUCAAGAUCAGGAGUUGAUGCAGCGCGAGAUUGACCGCCUUGAACAGGUUAUUGAACGCCAACGAAGCCUUGGCAAACUCGACAGCCUCCUGCACGAACUAGAUCAUACCCAACCAGAUGGCAAAGAGUCCGACGCCCAAUCUGAGCGUGGAAAAAGCAACGGACACCGCCGUACCAUGUCAGAGCGGUCGACCAAGAGCCAUGUUAGUCGACAAAGUUUAGGUAUGAGAGGAACUCUUCCCGAAGUCGCUGAAGGUACCGAGGAAGAUGCCAACGACCAAGAUCGCCCCGAUACCGCCAGCGAUCAUGAAGCGGCCGACAUGACCAUCGACACGCCAGAGAGGGUGCCGUCGCCUACAGAUUACCCACCUCAGAGUCCAGCACAAAAUAAAUAUGUUGCCGACAAACUUGAGAAUGUAACUGAAGAGCUUGUCGCCCUACGAGUCGAGCACGAGUCAACCAUCAACGAAUACGACAUGCUCCAUGCGAAAUACGAAGAGGCUUUGCGCACCCUAGCAGAGUUACAGGACCAGGUCGAUGAGGCAAGGCACCCAACCCGUCAACGCGAUUCGAUCCUAUCAAUAACUUCUCCGAUCGAUACCAGGCCUCAGAGUUUUUUAUCCGAGAUGAGAUCGAGCGGCGCCAAAGAUGGGACGCAUUUAUCGCGAUCGCUAUCCUCGGAAUUAUCAUCAGCUAUGGAUUCCCCUACUACUAUCGAUAUUCCGGAGAGCGAAGCGUUUAAGCCUUCUGAGUCUAGGGCCACUCUAGUAACGGAAACAGCGAGCGCCGAUAACAGCGAAGCUCUCACUGCAGAGCUAGAGAGACUCAAGGCAUUAGCCGAGGAGAAAGAGGCAGCAGAGAGAGAGCUCGCCGAUAAGUAUGCUCAACUGGAGGAAAUGCACCAGGAAACGCUGGAUAUGGUCGAGGAGCUCAAAACUGAAGUGGUCAAGGCCAAAUACGCAGAGCCACCUUCCCCACGGACCGGUACACCAGUAAUUCGCCGAAAGUCCAGUCAGAACAUGAUGAUAAUUGAUCGUGCACAUCGAUCAUUCGCAACGCUCAGAAAUAUGGCAGCUGAGCACUUCGAAGAACAGCCCGAUGUUAUGCAGAACUUCGAUCUUAACCUAAAUUCUGCCAUGCAUGAGCUACAUGUUAGAUCAGAGCGCAUCCAGGAACUAGAGGCCGACGUUGCUACCGCGAAGAAAGAAAUGGAGAGCAAGAUGACGAUCAUUUCAGGUUUAACACGUGAGCGAUCCAGCUUGAAGUCUAGUCCUAUAGAUAUUUCAAUGGUUGCUGCAUUAAGGGAGCAGCUAGAGAGGAACGAACGACAGCUCCAAGACAUGCAAGAGAGUCAUGCUGCACGUGAAAAACAACUUGUUGAUGAGUUAGAAGCUCUGCGCAUUUCGGUUAGGGAAGCUGCCGAGGUUCGAUCAAUGUCAACGACGCAGACACAGGGUGGGAGCGAGCAAGAACGUGAGUUGCGUGUAGCCCACGAGGCUAAGAUUGCUCACCUUGAAGCCGAGCUUCUCAACUGGGAAAGUAAACACAACGCCACGUUGGAUGCUUUGCAAACGACCGAACAGCAAAUGAAGAAAACCAUCACCGAUCUUGAAGCAGAGGUCGCAGCUGCGUAUGCAAAGAUGGACGAAUCUCGAGGACAAGUAAAGAGCGACGAAGAAUCCGAAGAAGCGGAAGCUAAGCACCAGGGCCUUGUUGCUACGCUGCGUAGCGAGAUCGAGAAGUUUAAGGCGAUCGUUGAUGGCAAUGCUGCCAAGGUAGCUCAACUAGAGCAGGCACAUGCUCUUGCGAAAGAGCAGCUCGAAGAGGUUUCUAAGGCGCGGGAUAUUUCAUCUGCAGAAUCGCGCGGUUAUCAGGAACUUGUUAGUCGGCUCGAAUUACAAAUAGCAGAGCAUGGAAAGGCCCUCCGGAACCACGAGGAAAAUCUAGCUCAGCUCCGCGACGACCAUGCCAGGGAAGUCGACGAGGUUCGGGCCAGCUCUAAGGAGGAAUACGACGCACAAAUCGAUAUGCUCAUGUCAGAGCAUGCUGAAAACAUUAGAUUUCUGGAAAGCGAUGUUGCGGAAGCACGCGACGAGCUUAUGAAGAUUGCCACCCAAGUCGCUUUCGCGUUAGGUCUUGAAGUAAGCGUUGAUAAGAUCAGCGAGCGUAUCGAGGACUUGAUUGCGGAUCAAAAGGCUUUGUCUGUUGAGCAGCAGAGGUCCGCCGAGCUCGAAGGUCAUAUCGAUGAGUUGUCAGCCAUCAACAAUACGAUUAUGCGUGACCUCGAGACAGUGAAAUCUUCGCUGAAUGGCAUACUUCAUCCUGACAGCGAAGAUUUGAAGAGCCCCUACUCCUCCGUGACAGAGCAGCUUGCGGCCCUGAAGAAGCGAAUGCAUGAUCUCGAGAACAAGAAUAAGAAGCACUCUCGUUUGGUAGAGGAAUUAGAGGACCAGUUGCAGACUAACUACGAUCAAGCCCAACUUACCAAUAACAGAUUGUCUACGCUCCAAACUGAGCGCAACAUGCAAUUAGAAGAGGCCCAUGCAGCCAGAAUCAAAGCGCAGGCUGAGUUGGAAACUGUUCGGGAAGAAAUGGUCGCCUUGCAGGCUCGUGUCGAAGAGCUCAGCGCUGUCGAUGGACCAAAGCGAGCUGAUUCUACGAGUUCGCAGGUCCGCAAGACAGCAUCCGUCAUCUCUUUGCCAUCUCCACCGCCCGCCAUCCCUCUUCCCCCGCUGCCACCCGGUGGUGCGGCCUCGCCAACUCAAGGUAUCCCACCAGCGUCAAUUGGUGGUCGGCCAUCUAGCCGUGAUGUUGCUCUAGCUCAGAUCCGAGAGGACCAGGAGGCACGCAUACAAAGCAUCGAGAGACAUCUCAAGGCUGAAAGGCAGCUUACUUCUACAUUGGAAGAAGCUCUGACUGAUCUUGAAAGCCAAUCUAAGAGGAUGAAGGCUGACUGCGAAGCCUGGAGGAAACGUGCCCAAGACCUUGAGGCAGAAGUUAAGGAGCUUAGGGAGCGACCUCAACGGGAAAACCGUGACAGCCUUUACCAGAUUGAGGAGGAGCGCAAGAAGCGUCAAGACGCUGAGAGGGCUAGAACCCAUCUAGAGGAGCGCAUGAACGCAAUCAACAACAAGAAAAAGAAGAAAGGUAGCCUCAACUGCUUUUAGUCGCGGGGUUGGCGUGAUAUGCCUCUGACCGUCCUUCUUGCCCCCAAUCACGACGCUAUUUGGCUGGCUUGAGAUUUUGCUCGGUAUUGUUUUCCAGGCACAUAGUGCAUAUCUGGCGAGGCGUUUGAGGAGUUCCGUAUUUCCCUUCUUCACUUCGCGUCAUGUUAUGCAUCUUGUACUUUUUUAUUUGGAGACGUUUGUGAUGUUUUACGGGCGAAAGAAAAGCCACCAUAUACCCUUGCGGUCUUCCCUUGACGUUUUAAUUAGUCAACCCCCGAUUUUUCCACGGCAGACAGACAACGAAUGAUCAGGAUGGGAUACGAAAUGAACCGUUGCUAGGAUGUGUUUAUGGGAUAGUUUUGAUGAAGGACUGGACUGUCAGUCAUUGAAUUUUCUGCAUCCUACUGGCUGCUUUUUUGCUCUACGCCGUGGUGUAUAAAGUGGUUGGGCGAGAGCUUUAUAGCUAAGCGUAGCAGGCUUUUUGACAUCUGAAAUACUACUUGAGAACUUCAAUUUUCUUCAACCUGAUGUGCUUUUCAAAUGUGUAGUCCAGACUCCAUGUAUUGGCCUCCUCGUGCCAGUUGUUUAUUAUGUCGUGUUAGUAUAGUUAGGUAGGUAGGUAGGUAGGUAGCUUAUAGUUAGGCACGGUUGAUGCAACAUCGUAUCUAGGCC